GACACACAUGAACGGCAGAACACAAUAUGUCACGUGAUGUACAAAAAUAUUCAAAGCAGAUUCUAGAUCGUUUCUUUAAACCAGGAACCAGCAUCUUUGAACGAAGCGAUCACCGCCACCCUGUCACCUACCACGAAGCCCGCAGUUGACCAAGGCAAGGUCAAUGCACCGUUUUCCGUGUCAUCAUCCAAGAUGGCGAUUCCGAACAGCCGAAACUUCGCCAACUGCUACAUGGAACUGUGCAAACAACAACGUCUUCGUCCCUUGCCAGUUAUCUGCGUGACACUGCCCCAUAGUUUAGAUUUCACCACCGAUCGCGUCAAAAUGGACGACUGGGGUCCCAUUUUAAAUUCUCUGUCGCUUGAUCGUAGCCUACGAUCAAUUAGUGUUCGCAGUAGGUAUCAGUGUCGGAAACCAUUGGAAGAAAUUAACUCGGAAGACAAGGCUAGAACGAUGGGCAAGGCACCUGUCGUAUUGUCUCGGUAUCUUUUAGAAUGGUUGUCGCAUAGUGUGGCUCAGUGCGUCAGAAACUCGCCGGUUCUAACUAAUCUGGAGCUGGAAGGAAUCCCUUUUCCGCCAGACUGCUUGGCGGUGCUUUGCGUGGGUCUAUCACACACGCACACGCUCCAUUAUCUCUCUCUUCAGCGUUGUUACAUCGGUGACAGCUCUUGCGAAGUUUUAUGUCGCACGGUGGCCGACGUCCCAAGCGUCAGGUCACUGAAUCUCAGCUAUUGUGACUUAACGUGCAAAUGUGGGCCAGCCCUGGCAGCGGCGUUGUGCAGACAAAAGUUGUUGCUCUAUCACGAUACUUGGAAGCAAUCACUCAGGUACCAAGAGCCGAAUCUCGAGGCAAUGUCUGGGUUACGUCGUUUGACGCUGAACGAUAAUCCUCAAUUGGGUGACGCGGCGGUGAUCGAACUGAUCGAAGCAGUGAGAGACAGUCUUUGGCUGAAGGCGUUGGACCUGCAGCGCUGUGGAUUGACCGAUAAGAUCGGUAAAGAUCUUCUGGAACUACUGGAUCAUAAUAACACUCUGAGUAUUCUGGACGUUAGACAAAAUGCGAACUUGAACGAGGCACUGGUAAAGGAGGUGGUCAAGAGGCUAGAGGAGAAUAACGUUGAUACGAAGUCUGAAUACCGAUGGCUGGGUUUACCACAACACGAUCGAAGAGUGGUAUCAGCUGGCACUGGAAAGAGGAACGAGAACGAGAAUCACGGGAAACCUCCAAUCAGACCACGUAGCGCUAUAACAGAGUAUAAGAGGACUUAUCAGUCUGCACGGAGAAAGACAGUUAAUCUGGUGAAUGACGCGAAAAAAACGAAAAUGAGACCUCACGUUCCACCGUAUAAAAACAGACAGUCACAUCAUCAAGAGCAACAGCAGAUCGUUCAAAAUGGUCAGACCAAGUCGAAGAUAUCUCUCCAUUUGGAUCUCCAGUCUCACAUACAACCUGUGAUGGGCGAUGCUUGUCAAAACAAUGUUCAAUCGUACACGGAUAGUGUUCAGGCUGAUACCGACAGAUCCUCUUCGAAGAAUUUAGAAUUAAUAAAGGUCGAUGUUGCGACUCAGAUGACGGAUGAUCUAGAGACAGAGGAUUCUGCUAGAAUUCAGAAGAUCCAGAUUCAGUUAGCUGAAGCAAAGGCUGAACACGAUCGUCUUCUCGAAGAUACGAGACGAAGCGGGUUAUUGCUGGCUGAAGAACAAGGGCGCCGUGAGGCUGCCGAGGAGCAGUUGAACGAGAUGAAGAACAAUCUGACUGAGCUGGAGAACGCUUUGAAAGAGAAGGAACAGGAAACGAGCGGAUUUCUGUUGCUUAGCCAGCAGUCUUUUGAUGAGAUUUGUAGCUCCUUCGAUAGAUUGCUGAACAUGCUGGACAGCGUGACGAAAACUCCGAGCGUUAAUAGGAGGGACACGACGGAAGCCGCCAUUGUCAAGGCGGAUAUAAAGAGACGGGUCGCUUCUGUCAUCAGGGAAACGAAAUCGGAGAAUCUGAGGCGAGGAUUCAUCGUGGAUAUCGACGAGGACGACUCGAUCAGGUACACAGAGCCGAUCAAGAAAUUUGCCAAGUCGGAAAGCGACAUGAGAUCCGCGUUACCACCGAUAUCGACGUAUCAUUUGGAAAGGAAUAUAGGAGAUAGUCCAGAUAUAGGUUCACCAACCUUGCAAAGGGUUUCGCGUAAUGAAAAGCAUAUGAUGUCUCCCAGAGCGAGGGCCAGGGCGUUAUUCGCCCAAAUUAUUCAAGGGGACACUGUGCUUGAUUUUUACAAUCAUAUGGAUUAGCAUUUAUAUGGAUUCGAAAAUUGGGAGUAAGAUUUAAAAACGAGAUUGUGUACAGUGUACAGGCGCAUAGCUUUUAUAUAAAUAAUAUAGGUAGAUAUACACGUAACGAAGAAAACGCACAAGUACAUACGCGUCGAACGUCUAUUCAUAAUCUGAAUCUGCAUAAUUAACUAUCGGUCUAGUAACUACCGUGGAGAGGUGGAACUAAGAAAUGUAGAUACAAGAAAAGAAAGAUAAAAUGUUUCAUAAAUUGAUUUUAGCAGAAAAUUUGCAGGAAAUAUAUAUAUAUAUAUAUAUAUUCGUAUCAAAGUGUCAAGCUUCGCUUUUCGAGGCGGAUUAACAAUCGCGCCGAAUUAAAACAAGUUUUAUGACAGAGCUUCUAUGAGCUCUGGAACGUAUCGCGAAUCCACAACUAACGAGAAGUCGCGUUGGUACCAAUUUGUACAGCUACGUAUUUUUUUUUAACAUAUUAUAAUUGGAAUAAACAGCAUUUCUUCCUUUCAACGAACAUGAUCUCGAUCACGCGAAACAUGCAUGUUAUAAUUAGCUCACACGAAAAUUUAAUUCUUCUAUUCAGCCAUAAUAUCGAUAUCGUUUCUCAUGUUCUCAUUGUGCUACACCUUCCGUGAAAUUUCCCCCGAAAUGUAGGUCAGCAAUGCUUCCAACACUAUCAUCGAAGGUUAACGUGCAAAUAAAGCUUGAUCGAACUUACACAAUUUCAAUAUUCGAUCUUUAUCCGGAUAUAGCCACGAAUGGAUAAAAAAUGGCCAAAAAGAUGAAACGAUUUGUUAAACUACACGAGACAUCUUAUUAGCGACUAUCCUACGAUGUCACCAAAGAUUGAUAUUUACGUAAAUACGAAACUAAAAUAAAUUUCUUAUUCAUCUGGAUUUCAGUACGCGUUCGGUUUUAAUGAAAGACAAUUAUCCAUAAUUGAUUGUUCCGACGAUCUCUUCAUUCUUACUGACAUUAUCGAAUCGUAGUGUUGUUUCGAAGCGCUUAUUUAUAGAGAAAUUACAGGAUCACGAAUCGUCUCAAUCUUUCUAUGAUUCCAGAAUAUAAGAAAUGUAAUACUUUGUGUAUAAAUCGUUGCAAAAUUAGUCAGCACAGCUGACUUCGUUUAACCAUCUAUAAAUUAAGCUUGUUACCUCAUGUACAAUGCUGCUUCAGAUUACCAUCUCUGUAACUCAGCUUUUCUAAAAAUAUUCGAACAUUUUAUGCACCAGAAAAUUCUUCUUUUAUUUCAUGUUCGUACAUAUCAUAAAGAGUAAUUAUAUCAUCGUGCAUAAUUGCGUAGGAAUGAACGGAAUUCUUUAACCUGUUAAUCGGAAAAGAUGAGUUAACUCAUCACUUUUCAAUCUCUUGGACACAAUAUUUAUGGAUUUCCUGUUUUUAUAUUAUAUCGCGCUAAAAAUGAAUUAUGUCCUAUUUAUAUUUAACACAAUUAAAAUCGAUUAGUCUGAAGUUGAUUUUCCGUCAUUAAUUUUUAGUUAAAGGAUGAUUUGCUUAAUAGGUUAAUCCUAU